ACAAAGCUGAAUGGGUACCUUUAUAUAUCAAGCCAAUGGAUUGAAGCCUCUUCAUGCCCCCUUCACAAUGAUUGUUAACAAAGAGGAUUAGUUUAUGCACAAAUGUAGCUCUCCUUUCUCCUGAAGUCGCCGAUUAUUGACACUUGUGUAUCACUCAUCCUCAUUGGAAAAUCGGAGCAUCUGGCGUCUGCUCAGCAACACGGUCUCUCUCAAAGGUUGGUGCUUUUUCUGCCUGCGGGUUUCUUUUCUUCCGGAUUUGCAAUAGAUAAGCACGCGGUAAUCCGUACGUCAGGAAUUGUCAUCUUCCACUCUGGAUUCUCUUUGCGAUAAUCUAUUCAUCAGCAAAGCAUCCAAAAAGAAGCUUUGUUAUAAUCCAGCAAUCCCAAAUCAUUUUUCCUUUUUGGUUUCUUUGAAGAUUCCGUGGUUUCCAGACGUGUACAGCACUGUUCUAUCUGUUGAUUUGACACUGCUGUGAUAGCACAAUCUUUUGCUUUUCUUUAGUUUCGCAUCGCCUCGUUGAAGCGUAAAUCUUGUUGAAGUCAGUUGCUAUACAUUAUAUUCUUGCACUGCGGAAUCGAUGGCCGGAGUCGAGGAAGAAGGCGAGGUAGCGGCGCUGCGGGAGGCUCUGUGUCAGCAGGCACGGGCCGUGGAGGAGCUGCGGGCGGAGCUGGAGGAGGAGCGGCAGGCGGCGGCGUCGGGCGCCGACGAGGCGCUGGCCAUGAUCCUGCGCCUGCAGGCGGAGAAGGCGGCGGAGCGGAUGGAGGCGGAGCAGUUCCGCCGAGUGGCGGAGGAGCGGAUCCAGCACGAUGAGGACACGCUCGCCUUCCUCAAGGCCGUCGUCUUCCACCAGGAGAUGGAGAUCAGCUCCCUCAACCGCAGGCUGCUCGCCGUCCACGCCACCGGCGACGACCCGUUCUCGCCGGCCACCGUCGAUCUCCCCUGGCUCAGGAAACUGGCCAAGAACGGCGUGGCGUCGCGGAGGAACGCGUCCCUCCCGUCGGCGCACCUGGAGGAGCUCUGCUCUGAGCUCGACGUCGUCGUGGACACCGACGCCGCCGACAAGAAGAACUUCGGCGACAGAAGGCCGGCGAGGACGGUGUCAGACAUAGGCGAGGUGAUCGGCAGGGAGGACAGGGCAAGGCACAACCAGUCGGCGCCGCCAAGGCUGUACCCGUCAGCCUCCCACCGCCUCCGCCGUGCACCGAGCUACUCCGUGCAGUGCCGCAGGACCUCGCCGGAGAUCAUCACCGAAGAAGACGAGAGAUCCUGCAAGAGCAACGCCGCACUGGAAGCCGACAUUGAGCAGAUCAAAGCCACCGUGCAGUCGCUCCAGACCGAACUGUCAAAGCUGAGGGAAUCCACCUUGUCCGUCUGCGAUGCACAUUCCCAGUUACUAAGCGAGAUCCACUCGAAGCUCGACGUCGCCAUGCCGCGGCAGCAGAGCCCUCAGGGGGGCCAUGUAUCAAGCCCUGUGCUGCCGAAGAAGGCAAUCAGGGAAGCAGGCAGUAGCAGUUCGUCCAAGGAGCAAAGCUACCAGCCGCAGGGCGAGCUGCUGAUGAACCAUUUCAUUGAGGCGAUGUUGUACAUAGCAUGAGAGAUGAGACGGUGAAGGUCACAACAGCAUUUAUUGGUCCUGGAGAUUGCUUAGUGCGAGAAAAAGACUGAUGAUCUGAAGAUCUAGACAACAUUUACUAGUUUUGAAGAUUGCUUAAUGUGAGUAAAAGAUCGACGAUCGCUAAAUUCUUUCCUUUUUUCUGUUGUUCUUGCCACUGUUGGUACGUAUUAUGUGUACAUAGCACAUAUUGCCGCGAGGAUGAGAUCCCAUGUAUUUAUGUUACUACUGUGACAAGAAAAGGAAGUUCAUGUAAAGUUAUAAUUGAGAUAGUUGUAAAUGUCAAAUAGUCAAGUGUUUUCCCCUCCGCAUCAUUGGAAGCUG